AUGCCGGGAAAGAUCUCUGCCGAGCAUCCAGAAUGCUUCAAGCGACUGAACAACCAGGUCUCCCUAUGGCCCGCCCAGCCCUCGCCGGAGAAAAGCCGCACGUUACUUGUCCUCUGCGCCUGGCUCUUCGCCUCGCAGCGACACAUCCUGAAAUACGUCCAGCUCUACCAGGAGGAAUACCCCAAUGCAGAUAUCCUCCUCAUCCAGCCCGUCGUCGGCGAUAUGGUCUGGACGUCUGAUGCGUCGCAGUUGAAGACACUUGACCCGGCGGUUGAUGUGCUCAGGUCGUUCACCGCAACAUCAAAUGCCGGCAUUCGAUUCCACGUCUUCUCUAAUGCUGGGAGUCAUGCUGCAGUACAACUGGUUGAGGCACAUAGCAAGAACUAUCCGACUACUGAAUUACGUAUCAACGCGUUGGUUCUCGAUAGCUGUCCCGGUUCGCCGUCCGCAAUUCUUUCGGCGAAUGCUAUGAUCCUUGCUCUUCCGCGGAACUUCCUGGUCAGGAUACCUGGGACAGUGUUGAUUUACCUUGCUAUUGCUGUCGUGGCGAUACUGGAUGCACUGGGCUUGUCGGAGAAUGUCAUCUCCAAGACGCGUCGACAUCUGAAUGAUCCGGGACUGCUGUUUCUUCGUCCGGGGGUUCAGAGGACGUACGUUUAUUCAAAGUCCGACCGGAUGGUUCCGUAUCAAGAUAUCCUGGAGCAUGCAAAGGAGGCUACAAGCAGACUUAGGGAUCCUUCCAGUGACGGUACGGUGUGGACUGUGGAGUUCAACGGCAGCGGACAUGUUGGACACCUUGCUGUCGACAGGGAGAAGUAUCAUGGUGCAAUCUUUUGA